CCCCUCCACUCCUCUGACGUCACUUCCGGGCCGGCCCCGGAGUUCGUGGGCUGUCGUCAGUGGCUUGUCACCCCUACGUUGCGGACAUGGUGAUUUCAGAAACUAUGGAUAUACUCUUCAGAAUAAGAGGAGGCCUUGAUCUGGCUUUUCAGCUAGCCACUGCUAAUGACAUUUUCAUCAGGAAGGCACUAAAACAUGUGUUGAGUGACCUGUCAGCCAAGCUUUCUUCAGAUGCCCUGGUGUUCAGAAUUGGCCGCAGUUCGGUGUACGUGUGGCCUAACAGUGCUGUGAACACCGUCCCAGGAGAGCUGACUGACAGCUCUGCUUGUAAGGACAUCAUGCGCUUUAUCCGAUUUGAGCAGGAAGAAGAUACAAAACGAAAAUUCAUGAGAAAGAAGGACAAAAGGUUAUCAGACAUGCCUCCAGUAGUAAAUAUAGAUCUUAUGCUGGAAAUGUCAACCUCGCUGGCAGCUGUAACCCCCAUCAUUGAAAGGGAAAGUGGAGGACACCACUAUGUUACUAUGACUUUGCCAGUCGAUGCGGUUUUAUCUGUCGCUCCAGAAGAGUCAUGGGGAAAAGUUCGUAAACUUCUCGUUGAUGCAAUUCAUAAUCAGCUGGCUGACAUGGAGAAGUGCAUUUUGAAAUACAUGAAAGGAACAUCCAUUGUGGUCCCUGAACCACUGCACUUUUCAUUACCAGGGCAAAAAAGUCUUGUAACAAUUUCGUAUCCAUCAGGAAUACCAGAUGAUCAGCUGCAGGCCUUCAGAAAGGAAUUACAUGAUCUCUUCAAUCUACCUCACGACAGACCUUACUUCAAAAGGUCCAAUGCUUAUCACUUUCCAGAUGAGCCUUACAAAGAUGGCUACAUUAGAAAUCCACAUACUUAUCUUAAUCCACCUAACAUUGAGUCUGGUAUGGUUGCCGUGGUCCAGGGCAUAUACGGUUAUCACCACUACAUGCAGGACCGGAUAGAUGACAACGGCUGGGGCUGUGCUUACCGCUCUCUGCAGACGAUCUGCUCCUGGUUCAGACAUCAGGGAUACACCGAGAGGCCCAUUCCAACACACAGAGAAAUUCAGCAGGCGCUAGUUGACGCCGGUGACAAACCUGCAGCAUUUGUCGGAUCACGGCAGUGGAUUGGAUCCAUUGAGGUACAGCUGGUGCUAAACCAACUGAUUGGCAUAACUUCAAAAAUACUGUUUGUCAGCCAAGGUUCAGAAAUGGCUUCUCAGGGACGAGAACUGGCUAACCAUUUCCAGAGUGAAGGAACACCAGUAAUGAUCGGAGGAGGGGUAUUGGCACACACAAUACUGGGAGUUGCAUGGAAUGAGAUUACAGGGCAGAUAAAAUUUCUGAUCCUAGAUCCACAUUAUACAGGAGCUGAAGAUCUGCAAGUUAUUUUGGAAAAGGGCUGGUGUGGCUGGAAGGGCCCAGACUUCUGGAACAAGGAUGCUUACUAUAACUUAUGUCUUCCUCAACGGCCAAAUAUCAUCUAAAGCAUUUUAGAUUCAAAGACUAUAGCAAAGAGAUUAUAAAUUUGUUAAUAAAGAAUAAGUUUAAUUUUAAAUGAAA